CCACGUUUCCCCCGCCGACAUUUCGAGGUAUUUAUACCGCUCCGCCUCCGGAGACGAACAGCGAGACAGAGAGAGAGAGAGAGAUGGGAGGAGGAGGAAGAAGGCUCAGAGACGCAGAGGCGGAGCUGAACUUGCCGCCGGGAUUCCGCUUCCACCCCACCGACGAAGAGCUUCUGGUCCACUACCUCUGCCGGCGAGCUUCUCAUCAGCCGCUCCCCGUUCCGAUCAUCGCCGAGCUCGAUUUGUACAAAUAUAACCCUUGGGACUUGCCUGAUAAGGCGUUGUUCGGGACGAGGGAAUGGUACUUCUUCACGCCGCGUGAUCGGAAGUACCCCAACGGAUCUCGGCCGAACCGCGCCGCCGGGCGAGGGUACUGGAAGGCCACGGGGGCAAAAAAGCCGGUGACGCCGGCGGGGAAUUCGCGGCCGAUUGGGAUCAAGAAAGCUCUGGUUUUCUACGACGGGAAGCCGCCGAAGGGGGCGAAGACAGAUUGGAUCAUGCAUGAGUAUCGCCUGGUUGAUGCCAAUCGCAGUGCGAGGAGAAAUGGGAGCUUGAGGUUGGAUGAUUGGGUUCUGUGCCGACUGUACAAUAAGAAGAAAGGAUGGGAAAAGAGGCCGAAGGAGGAGAUGGAUUUGAUGGAGGAGAGUUUCAGGACGCCGGAGUCUGACAUCGAGUUGCCAGAUUUUGAUAAUUUCGGGCAGGAAAGAAUGGAUAUGAAUCCGAGUUCAGGUGCAGCGCAGAUUCCGGCGGCGGCGCCGAUGCCGGCGCCGGUAAUCAAGGAGGAAUACGAUUGGUAUUCGGAUUUGAAUCUUGAAGAUUUGCAGAAUUCUUUUGGGCCUUUUGCAUCGACGGCUCCGGCGGCGUUCAAUGUUUCGACCCAGGAUUGCUAUGUUUUGAGCUUAGUUUCUCCCAAGUCGGUGGCCGCGAAUGUACCCUCCUUUUGAAGAGAUUGAUCAGAAUUUGAUGCCGGCCGCCGCAGGCCGGAAGAGGGGAGAGGAAUUGACAUCUACGUGCGGCAUUCACACGUACAGACAGUGGUAUUUGGAUGAUGUUGAGAUGAUAUUGCACCUCAAUAUGUCACUCUAACAUCAAACUUUUAUGUAAAUAUUUCUCUCCCUGAUCUAUGAAUAUAAAAUCAAUUGCAUACAUACCACCCAAAACUUGACAUUCACAAAUCAACCAGCCUCUUUAAAACAUUUUUUAAAUUUAAA